GCGCCUCAGACCAGAUUGUAUAUUAGACCCUCACAAUCAGAGUACGCUCUCCUUCAGGGUCGAGAAACAGUUUUUCCUCCAGGUCCACAAUGUUGGGACAACUACUUUUUCAGAGCGCGGUGACCCUCUGGCUGGUGCAGACCGCAUAUACAGGUGGUUAUGGUGCUGCAUCUGGAGUAUCCAAUGGACAAGGGCCGCAGCCUAAUGGAAAUAAGCUCCAAAACGGUGGAGCAUUGCGAAGAAUGCUGAUUCCAUCAAAAGGUGUGGGUCAGGCAAUGGGUGCACAAAAUGGAUAUGGAGGACACCCUACCAAAGGAAUAGGUUAUGGAGCAGCAGCAGGAGUUUCAAGUGCAAACGGAGGAAAGUCUAAUGGUUACGGAGCAGCAGCUGAUGUGAACAAUGGAAGAGGGGUUAAAGGCUAUGGAGGAGCAGCUGGUGUGACCAAUGGACAAGGUGGAAAACCACAGGGAUAUGGUGUCCAGGCUGGCCCCGCCAAUGGACAACAAAUGAAAGGCAACGGCUACGGUGCUCAAGCUGGUGGAUAUGGUGUCCAGGCCGGCCCAGCCAAUGGUCAAAAAAUGAAAGGCAACGGGUACGGUGCUCAAGCUGGUGGAUACGGUGGACAAGGAACUAAAGGCAAUGGUUAUGGAGCUCCUGCUGCUGUAGCACCAAAUGGAAAUGGUGGACAUUUGAACGGUUAUGGUGCUGCAGGUGUCCUGGGUGGGACUGGAGCUAAACCCAAUGGUAACAAUGCUGCAGCAGCUGGACAUAAUGGGUUCGCAACAAAAGGCAAGGGUCAAGGAGCAGCAGCUGGCCCCUCCAACGGCAGUGGGGUGAGACCAAAUGGACAGGGAGGAGCUGGAAGUAAACCCAUGAAAGGAUAUGGUCGUCCUUCUUAUGGAGCAGGUCCAGGUGUGGGAAUGGGAACCUCCAGAGGUCUGGGAGUGCCCCAGCUUGCCAGGAACCAAGGGAUGGGAUAUGGCAGAAAUGGUUAUAAUGGUUAUAGAGCUCAGCCAAUGGCAGGUUUCAACGGCGGUCAUGGCCAUGCUGGUUUGGGUCUGGGAUCUCGUAAUGGAAAUGGAGGAAUGAAGGGACCAAUGCAAGGUACCAAUGGUGCAGCCGGUGUUCCCAAUGGACAAGGAGCAAAACCCAAUGGUUAUGCAGGAGCCAGAGCCCCUAAUGGAAAUGGAGCCAUGCCAAAUGGUUAUGGAUACCCAAAUGGUGGAACCAACAAGCCAGCAAAGCCAGGGUAUGGCAGCUUUCUUAACGGGUAUGGUGCCACACCAAAAGGAUAUGGAGCCACCAGAGGAGGUGCAAUGAGACCCCAACCAGGUUAUGGAAAUGGAGCUAUUCCCAAUGGACAUGGACGUGGACGUAAACCUAAUGGUUAUGGAGCUGCAGCUGGAGCUGGUGUUCCCAAUGGAUAUGGAGCCAAACCCAAUGGUCAAGGAGUUAGAAAUGGUGCUGCAUUCGGUGGAUAUGGAGGCAAACUCAAUGGACAAGGAGGGCCAAGCAGAGGCUCAAACCCCACAACCAAAGGAGUUGGAGCAGUGUCCCCCAGGGAAGGAGCCAAAACACUCGGCACUGGCUAUGGUGGUCCUGCUGGUGUACCCAAUGGACAGUUGGCUCAAUCAGCCAACACUGGUUACGGCAUGAUGCCAAACGGGAAGGGUACAAAGGGUGCAGGCGCUUCCAAUGGAAAGGGCCUAAAAGGUGGAGUUUUCUCUCCCGUGCAGUCAAGUGCAGCACCAGAGGAGGGUGUUCCACCUCAGCAAGCAAUAACUCAAGGAAAGAGCUACAAGCAGAUACAGCUAACCGCUACACUAGAACCAGCACUGGCACUUCCUCAAGCCAAUGACCCAAAUCCCAUACCUGGACCUGCACCCAUGGGGCCACAGGGAAAGGGUCCAAAGGCAACCGCAUCCGGACCAGAACCAGUGUUUCCCCAGAGUAACCAAGCACCAAAGCCGGCAGCAGUCCUUCCUCAAGAGAACGGAGGAGCAACUUCAGUCACCAAGGGACAAGGAGCGAAACCAGCCAAACCUGACUGUGGACCAUCAGGAGUACCAAAUGGACAAUGGAUGAAAAUACCUAGACCAGAUUAUAAUGCAGGGGCUGGAGCAUCCACUGGCAUGAACACAAAAGGUUAUGGAGCAGGAGCUGGUGUUCCAAACACAUAUGGUGCUAAACCCAAUGGAUACGAUGCCAGUGCUGGGGGAACUCCAAAUGGAGGAGCAAGCAAACCAGGUUAUGGGGCAGGAGGCUACACUGUCCCUGGACUCAGCAAUGGAUAUGGAGGUGCUCUUAGAUAUCCUUAUGCAGGGAACCCAGAGCAGCCUGGUUAUGGACAAGGAGCUUACCUUGGAGCUGGACAUGGAAAUUCAUAUGGAGGAAAUGCACAUGCGGGUGAAGCAGGCAAAUCCAAAUCAGGCUAUGGAAAUGGCUACAGUGCUGGUGUACAGCCUGACUAUGCAAGUUUUGGCCAGGGUGUACCCACUGCUGAUGCCAAAUCAGGUGGUGCCAGACAGGUUCCUUACAAUGGAGCCCCAGUGGUUCCUGCUGGACUAGAUGGAAUUAGUCAGUUUGAGCCUCAGUCUGCUGGCCUUGGACCAAAUGGCAAAUUGGGCAGCAUGUAUGGUGGAAUGGGUGGCUUGCCUUUUGGUGGUCAGAAACUUGGAAUGGGUGCUGAGAAGUCCAGCGCCAAGUAUGGCAUUGGUGGUUUGCAAUUUGGUGGACAACCCCUCAGCACAGGUACUAAUGGAGCAGGACAGCAUGGAUAUGGCGGAGGACCAUAUGGACCUGAGAAAUCUCCUGGAAAUUAUGGUGGACUUGGGACCGGUAUGGGAGGGGACCCUGGACCUGGGAAAUAUGGAUUCCCCAGUGGUGCGCAACUUCUCGGUCUCGGAAAUGCAGCUGGCAAAUAUGGUUAUGGAAGAAUGCCUUAUGAAGCUCAACCAGCUGGACUGAACCCGGAGGUCAAAUCUACUGGCACAUAUGGUCUGGCUGGGUCUCCAUAUCAGCCCGAACCUCUUGGACUUGGACAUAAUGGAAAAUUAACUAGCCAAUAUGGUGGCGGUGAAGUUCCCUAUUCGCCACAAGCUCUUGGUUUUAGCCGUGAAGCAAAAUCUGUUGGUCAAUAUGGUAACCAGGGAUCGUACCAGUCACAGCCCCUGGAAUCUGCAUAUGAAGGAAGAUCUGGUGGAGAAUAUGAUACCGCUGGCCUACCUUAUGAGUCCCUGCCUUCUGAGCCAGAUUCAGCUGUAAAAUCUUACGCGAAGGGAGGAGUGCCGACUCCAGCAACUGCAGUCGAAGGCGAGGGGAUGUCUGUUGAUAGAUAUGAUCAUCUGGGCUACAUAUAUGGACAUGUGCAACCUGAAGUUGUUGCAUUCCCUGCUGCUCCCACUCCCAGCCCCACCAUGGCCUACCCCUCUGGCCCGUCCUAUCUUCCUGAAGAGGCUUCCUUCACACCUGAUGUGCUGCCGGGAGCGGGUGCUGAAGAUCUGCCCGAUCCUGCUGGCACUGCCAGCCUGGACCUUGACUCUGCACCCGCCACUGAGACGCACGGCGUGAUUCAGCUACCUGAACAACCUGAUGACCUGCUACAAGAGCAGCUGCCACGGCAGAUACACAUUCAACAGCAUCUCAAACUGCAUUUUCACCCACAAGGAGAAAAGAAUGGCAAACAUGAUCUGAAUGGCUUCUUUGGGAAUAGUGGCUAUCAAGGUUAACUGUGCUCACAGCGACAAGAAUAUCUUGUGUAACCCGUUUUCUUCUGCUGUAUAUUAUUUUUUAACUGUAAUUGUAUAUUAAUUUUAUUUUCUUCCUGUCUGUCAAAUAGUCAUGUUUUGUGUUUGUUUGUCAGUCUAGAGAUAAAAUAACAUUUAAGCAAUUUUAAGUUGUUAGGUUUUAGCGAUUUUUUGAUUAUUAUUUCUGCGUUAACUUUUUGUCCUGCACUUACUGUUCACUGUAUAUGCAAAGAAAUGGUUGAUGAAGACAUGGAGUUUGGCUGCUGCUUGUGGUCAGUGAUUUAGUUUAAUCUGUCAGUUCUUCCUGGACGUCCUCCACUCAAAAUGUUUCCAUAAAACUUAAUUCAGUCUAAUUUA